AUGUCCGGUAACGUACCUCUCUUCUCAUGCACGAUCGCGUCCACGGUUGCGCAAUAUCCCUUUCAAGUAGAUUCCCAUCCGCUGCAAGGUUCCGACGAGGGUCCAGGCUCCAACAGCUCGGCUUCCACUAUCCAACGCAUGUUUAGAAGAGGAAGAGGUGCAUACUUCAAGGCCAAAUAUGCCAGUGGAGGGGGCCGUGGAGGUCAUGAUGCUAGAGAUCAACCUCAACCGUUUGUUGCACAAUCAUCCACCUCUGCAAGCACAUCUCCGUGGGCACAGUUAUCGCAAGCCCUAGACUCAAUUGAUGGACAGCAGUAUGGCUCGUAUAAACGUCUGCAGAAUGCUCGUUUUCAACACAGCUCGCCCGACUUCACGCUAUCCAUAAAUCACGUCCAAGCAGAUGCAUAUGCGUCGCCUUCAAGGAUUAGCGUUUCCAUGGACUGGGUAAGUUUACGCUCCUACUCAAUGCUUGACUGUGACGUCGAGUUUAUUCCAGUCGCUCUAAAAGGAAAUCGGCGUCGUCUAAUAGAAUCAGNNAAAACUACGGGCUUCCCAAUCGACUUCGCAGCUUCCGACAUCCGCCAGAUCGCUCUGGCCGAUUAUGUCUCCAGAGCUGCUGCAGCCUUUAUCCGUAAUAAACACAUGGAUCAGUCUGUGGGUUCUGGAAACUCUGGCUGGUCAGGCCCUAAAGGUGGAGCUUUCACAAUCAACGCUCCAGCUCAGCAAGUUUUGCCUCGUACCAGUGCUCUCAUCGUGCCCGGCAAGAAUCAGAGCCUUGAGAUGCGGUUCACAGUCUCCCUACCUGCUCGUGGCCGCACCAUUCUCGGCAGGGAAGCUAAGGCAAUCUUGUGCGUCAACCUUCCGGAACUUAUCAAGACGACAAUGCUCUACACGUCGCACGCAGCUGAGGAGCUCAAAACUCAUAUCCACUGCGUGGAAGAUCAAGCGUACAUGCGCUCUCAACUUGAAGCCAAGGGAUUGGUUGCUUUCGUUGGAAACGGGUCAAUUCUCCCAAGAGCUAGCGGAGCCUCUGCCCGCAGUAUGACUGGUAAGCACGUUGUGCCCUUUCAGUCGCCACCUGAACUCGAAUUUGUCUUGAAGCGUGAGCAUGGCCACAAAGUACGUGGCAUGGGCAUUCCCAAAGGAGUCACUCUGCUCACUGGCGGUGGCUAUCACGGCAAGUCGACUCUUUUAGAGGCUCUCCAGUUUGGCAUCUACAACUAUGUUCCGGGGGAUGGUCGAGAAUUAGUCGUCACCAACCCUGCUGCGGUGAAAGUCCGUGCUGAAGAUGGUCGCAGUGUUACAGGAACAAAUAUUAGCGCUUUCAUCAAAAACUUGCCAGCACAAAGAGACACAGAUGUUUUCACCACUGACGACGCCAGCGGCUCAACGUCAAUGGCAGCUAACAUCUCAGAAGCUCUCGAGCUGGGAGCACAAGUCAUCAUAGUAGAUGAAGACACUUCUGCCACAAAUCUCCUCGUCAGAGAUGAGCGCAUGCAAAUGCUGAUCAAGAAUGAGCCGAUCACUGCGCUCGUCUCGAAAGUGCGCGCUCUGUAUGACCAGCACGGUGUCAGCACAAUCAUCGUGGUUGGAGGACUUGGUGACUGGCUGGAUGUUGCACACCAUAUCAUCGGAAUGGACUCGUAUAUUCCUCGGGAUUUAACCAGAGAAGCACGAGAUCUUGUCGAGAGAAUGCCCAGAAAAGUUAUGCAAGACAAGAUUUACGGCACACUAUCCGAUAGAAGUUUCGGAUUUCCAGCAGCGAUUCUUCAUGACAAGACUCCAUAUGCCAAGAGGAAAGACUUCAUUACCAUCUAUGCCGACCGAGCAUUGCAAGACCCGUCCCAAACCGAAUCGGGAAUCGACAUCUCCGGUGUCGAGCAAGUGGUGGAAGUGGGUCAGACACGAACUAUUGCUCACUCCAUCCGUGCACUUGCUCUCGCGGAGGAUUCUGNNGAGGCCUUGGCAGGCAUCGAGGCUGAAAUCGCCUUGGAGAAAGUCAUUCCAGAGAAGCUGCCAGGAGGUGAUCUUGUGGCAGUUCGUCGUUUCGAGCUAGGCGCAGCUGUCAAUCGCAUUCGAGGUUUGAAGUCACGAGCGGCAAAGGAAGAGGCUCAGACGGGAGAAGGACCAAAGAAGAAGGCACGCAUUGACAUUUGA